CUCUCACUCUCACUCUCACUCUCACUCUCUCUCCAUCACACUCACCUUUUCCCUCUCUUGUGUGUGAUGAUGGGACCCUUCACUCUCACACUCUGCUUCUUCAUAUAGCGUAUCAACUGAAUCAUCAUCAUCAUAUCACACUUUUCUUCACUCUUUGAAAUUUCCUCUGUUUUCUCUGCGGCCAUGUCUGAAAACUUGGACGACGGUGAGUUUUGGCUUCCGCCGCAGUUCCUCUCCGACGACGACGCAACUGAGUCGCUGCUCCCCUUUGCUGCGCCGAAUCGCCGCCCACCUUUGCCCUGCUGCUUCAACAAUGGUGGUGGUGAUUCUCUUUUGUUUCCUUCUGAGUUCCCUUAUGGUUCCCCUCUUGAGUCCCCUGGUGGUGGCUCCAGCGAGACUGAGAGCGAUGAGGAGGAGCAGCAGCAGCAGCAACUCGUCGCUGAGAUGACUCGCCGUAUGGCUCGCUCCUCCCUCCACUCCUCUGAUGAUAACAACAACAACAUGGGUCGAUUUGUGUCUGGUGGUUCGCCACAAUCAACACUGUGUGGUGGGUGCCACAAAGGCUCAAGCCAUGGAAGCCCCAAAAGUGUUUGUGAAAUGCCCUCUUCAAGGGCAACAUGGGAUCUGCUGCAUGCGGCUGCAGGGGAAAUGGAGAGGAUGAGGCUCAGCCAACAAGAAUGUCAUCACAGUCACAAUCAGAAUGGACUCUUGGCUCCUCAGAGAAACCCCUCUCCUGUGUCUCUACCCUCCAAGAACACCAACACCACAACCAAUCCUGAUGUGGGGUUUCACACCAACCAGUCCCUUUCUCACCACCAAUUGAAGAUGGUACAAUUUCAGAGGCUGAGGCAGCAACAAAUGGCAAAGCAACAAAAUGCAGGGUGGGGUGUGCAGAAUCAAAACGGUGGUUUUCACCAACUGAGGCAGAGCAACCACAUGGCGACAAAUCGAGGGAGGAACAGUGAUUCCAGUGGGAGAAACACAAGGCCUCUGGGUAUGGCUCCAUCUGCAUGGCCUCCUCUGCAACAGGCCAAGCCACAACAGCCAAAUGGGUCUGGAAUGAGAGCUGUUUUUAUCAGCAACCCUUCUUCCAGAAGAAGGGACUAUGCUGGCACUGGGGUUUUCUUGCCCCGUCGAGCUGAUAAUCCUUCUGAAUCACGAAAGAAGCCAGCGUAUUCUAUAGCGCUGGUUCCAACAAGAGUAGCGCAGGCCCUAAAUCUGAAGCUUGAUGACACGGUUGGAGGCCAGCCGCAACACUUGCAUCGUUUUAAUGUUUGUUCGAACCUGGAAAAUGCUGCUGCUGUUGUUCCCAGGCAGAGGAGUGAUAAUGUCCAUUCUCAACAGAAGAGGCCUCAGCCAUCAAUGAACCAAGAGAUUAUGCUGCCACAGGAAUGGACCUACUGAUAUUAAUUGAUCCUAUGGUUGCUUAGGUGGGGAAUAUUUUAUCUCUUUUUUCUUUUUUGAGAAUGGGCGUUAGGAAAAUAGGUAGGAAUUUGGAUGGAGUUGUAGGGAAAAUAGUUUACAGAAGAAAAUAGGAUUUGUUGGCAAUGAAGCGGUGGGAAAAAUAGAAGAUUUUGUUUUAUGAUUUAGCGGAGGUUUAAAAUAAUGUUUAGUGGCUCUGGGAAAAGUUAGCAAUGUAAGCAGCAGACAGAGCUGCAAUUGCACUGAUAUCAGUUACUUUUGUUCAUUUUGAUAUGGACUUCUAAACUAUAAUAGACAAAAAACGGUGGAUGGGUCAAUUUUCAUGGCUCUUUUUUUUAUUAAGGAAAUAAAAGCAAGUUUUGGAACAA